GUAUCGUCGCGCCAAGAGAUGACGCCCUCUUGGUGAAAGAAAAAUGGCUCGGGGCUACCUUCCACAGUGAGGCAGAAGACAUUAGUGGUGUGGCAUCGCGCAGGCCGCUUCCAGUUGGUGUAGCGAGCGGCUAGGUCCCUGCCGUCAGCCUUGACUGUGUCAAUGGACAUGGGCGAAGGGACUGCAAGCGCCAGGCCAAUGGCGCAGAAGUAGAUGGCGGCGAGGUAGAACAACUUGGUGAAUAGCAUCGUGUAGGAUGGGACGCAAAACGAGAGGGAAUGGUGUGGUGGCGGGUCAAGAUGUUCGAGGCAGCAGCAUCUGUCUUAUGCCCUGCUCAGCGUCUCGUCUUCAGCGCUCCAGUACGGUGCCGCUGCUGGCGAUAAGCAGCUGUGUAGCCGCUCGCGCUCAGCUCAAUCGGUAUCGGGCCGACAAGAGUUCCAAGUCUCGGUCAUGGUCACGGUCACGUUGGCUCCCAUUCCGAUCGCAGUACUUUGGGACCGCAAUACGACUGCAGUGGCCUCUCAAGCAUCGACACACCAGACAGCAAAGUCGACCCAGGGCAUGCCUGAUCCAACGGCUGCGCCAUGCACGCCGGGCAGCUGCGCGCACGAGAGGGUGUCAGCAAGGUCGACACAUCUUGCGGUCAAGGCGACGAUGCUCACCAUCCCUUCACCAUGCCAAGCCAUAUGUCGACGUCCUGAUAUCCAGUCGGCCCACAAUUGACGGGCAAUGUACCACGGAACUGGCCAUUGAAGGCUUAAAGAGACUGCGCGGUCAGUCUACAUUCGACUCCUCCCGCCUCGUUUGCGCUCCUCACCCGCGGUACGCCAAUUAUCUCCAACUUCACCCUCAAUCCAGGAUAUCUUGCCGUAUGCAUCACGAAAUGGCAGGGGAUCGCCGCGACCCGUCGAGACCGUGAGGCAGUAGAUGUUGUUCGUGUGGCAUCGCGCCGGAUGAACAAAGGGGAUGUAGCCAUGCUGCGAAGGGCCGAUGAUUCUGCGAGCAGCCAGGUCCGCUAUAUCGGUCGUGGAGGUGUUGGCGAACACUGCGGGGACGGCAAAUGUGUAGCCGAGCG